CGAAAUGAAGUCGCGGGCGGUGGGCGCCGGGCUGGUGCUGCUGCUGCUGCCGGUGCUGCUCCGAGCCGCAUACGUGCGCGGGUUCCGGCCUCAGCCCCGUUAUACCCCGGACUGGCAGAGUCUGGACUCCCGGCCGCUGCCGGAGUGGUUCGACAAGGCCAAGUUCGGGGUGUUCGUGCACUGGGGCGUGUUCUCGGUGCCGGCCUGGGGCAGCGAGUGGUUCUGGUGGCACUGGAAGGGCGAGGGGCUGCCGCAGUACGAGCAGUUCAUGAGCGACAACUACCCGCCCGGCUUCAGCUACGCCGACUUCGGGCCGCAGUUCACCGCGCGCUUCUUCAACCCGGACAGCUGGGCGGAUCUCUUCCAGGCGGCCGGGGCCAAGUACGUAGUCCUGACAACAAAGCAUCACGAAGGCUUCACAAACUGGCCAAGUCCUGUGUCUUGGAACUGGAACUCCAAGGAUGUGGGUCCCCAUCGCGAUUUGGUUGGUGAGUUGGGAAAAGCUGUUCAGAAGAGGAACAUGCGUUAUGGACUCUAUCACUCACUUUUAGAAUGGUUCCACCCACUCUACCUACUUGAUAAGAAAAAUGGCUUCAAAACACAGCAUUUUGUCCAUGCAAAAACAAUGCCAGAACUGUACGACCUUGUUUACAGGUAUGAACCUGACUUGAUUUGGUCUGAUGGAGAGUGGGAAUGUCCUGAUACUUACUGGAACUCUACCGAGUUUCUUUCUUGGCUCUACAAUGAUAGCCCAGUCAAGGAACUGGUUCAGACAGUGAGCUUGGGAGGCAACUACCUUCUCAACAUUGGACCAACUAAAGACGGGCUGAUAGUUCCCAUCUUCCAAGAAAGGCUUCUUGCUGUUGGGAAGUGGCUGAGCAUCAAUGGGGAGGCCAUCUAUUCCUCUAAACCGUGGAGGAAGCAACUGGAGAAGAACACGACGUCUGUGUGGUAUACCUCAAGAGAAACAACUGUUUAUGCCAUUUUCCUGCACUGGCCAGAAAAUGGAGUCUUAAGCCUUGUAUCCCCCAAAACUACCUCGACUACACAGAUAACGAUGCUGGGGAUCCAAAAAGAUCUGAAAUGGUCUACAGAUCCAGAAGGAGGUCUGCUCAUUUAUCUGCCCCAGUUACCACUCCUUACUCUCCCAGUUGACUUUGGUUGGACUAUAAAGCUGGUAGGAGUGGAGUGACCACUGGAGCUCAGGCAGAACUGUCUUCUCUUUGCUGUUUUGAUUUUCCUCUUAUAGCACCAUCGUUGUAAUAAACUACUUCUCUACUCGGAGCUGGAUUUUCCAACACAUUUUAAUCAAAGGAACUGAGUGUCUGUACUGAUGCCUCUGUGGAUCAGGGAUCUGAGAUCCAUGGCUAGCAUUCUCUCUCUGAGCAGAAGGAACUAAUCGGUUAAGCUCUGAGUUCAUCCUUCUCUUCCUAACUCGGGAAAUUCUCUACCCGGGAAACUUCCCUCCAUUCUCUGUGUUCGAAACCUGUUUCCUUACUCAGUGACUUCAGGUAAAGAAUAAGCCAGUCACCCUAUUGCCUGUGGAAGGAGGUGAAAAAGGUUUAGCAAGCUCAACCACAUGCUGUUUACCUAGUGUCAUUUGUCAUCCCCACCCUUCCAAGAGGUGGAGAGCCUGGAAGGGAAAGAAGAGGCUUGCUAGGCUGCUGGUGGUCAGCUCUUUGAAAGUUUCCAAAGCAAACUAGGGACUCAGAAGUCCAGUUUGUUUCCAGAGA